AUUGUUGUGCCGGAACGCUUUGAGAAUAUUUCGCGAGGAUAAAAUUGUUGAGAUAUUGUUUUUGUGAAGAGAAAGUGAGGAUUAAACUGCAAAAAUGGAUAUCGACCAGAGGAUCAAGGAUAUGGAGCGGGAGUACUUGGAUUUUCUUGAUGAUGGGGAGGACCAAGGGAUUUACCUGAAUCUCGUCAAGAAUAUGAUCGAGGAGAACAAAUACAGACUGUACGUCAAUAUCAAUGAUCUGAGGAGGAAAAAUCCGACGAGAGCUAUCAAUCUCCUCACAAAUUCCUUCGAGGAGUCCAUGGCCUUUCAAAAUGCUCUGAAGCAAUUUGUAUCGACUGUUGACACCGACUACAGCAAAGGGAAUCCCGAUUUUUUCAUUGGGUUCGAGGGGAGCUUUGGUAAUCGUCAUGUCACACCCAGAACUCUCACCUCGAGGUAUCUGGGGAACCUAGUUUGUGUGGAGGGAAUUGUUACCAAGUGUUCCCUCGUGCGUCCAAAGAUUGUCCGCAGUGUUCACUACUGUCCAACCACAAAAACCGUGAUGGAGCGGGCGUACACAGAUCUCACCUCCCUCGAGGCCUUCCCCGGCUCCGCAGUCUACCCAACACAAGACGUUGACGGAAAUCCCCUGGAGACCGAAUUCGGUCUCUCGACAUUCAAAGAUCACCAGACAUUAUCAAUCCAAGAGAUGCCGGAGAAGGCACCAGCAGGUCAACUACCUCGCAGUGUCGACAUCAUUUGUGAUAACGAUUUAGUUGAUCUUUGCAAGCCUGGAGAUCGAGUGCAGGUGGUUGGAAAUUUCCGUUGUCUCCCAGGCAAGCAAAACGGCUAUACAAACGGUACCUUCCGCACCGUCCUCAUCGCCAACAGCAUCACGCAGCUCUCAAAAGAGGCGACCCUCUCGAUCUCCCACGAGGACGUAGCGAUGUGCAAGAAGCUCGCAAAGACCAAUCCCCGAAAGAACAUAUUCGAGCUCCUGGGGCAGUCCCUCGCGCCCUCAAUACACGGUCACGAGUACAUAAAGAAAGCGAUCCUCUGCCUCCUCUUGGGAGGAGUAGAGAAGGUCCUGCCGAACGGCACCCGCCUCAGAGGAGACAUAAACAUUCUGCUGAUAGGUGACCCCUCAGUCGCCAAAUCCCAGCUCCUCCGUUACGUCCUGUGCACAGCGCCUCGUGCCAUCCCCACGACAGGUCGAGGCUCGUCAGGGGUCGGUCUGACAGCAGCUGUCACAGUCGACCAAGAAACUGGGGAGCGUCGUCUGGAGGCUGGUGCCAUGGUCCUGGCGGACCGAGGGGUCAUCUGCAUCGACGAGUUCGACAAAAUGUCGGACAUCGAUCGAACAGCCAUUCACGAGGUGAUGGAGCAGGGGAGGGUGACAAUCGCCAAGGCUGGAAUUCACGCAAGCCUCAAUGCCAGGUGUUCGGUGUUGGCAGCUGCCAAUCCAGUCUACGGACGUUACGACCAGUACAAGACACCGAUGGAGAACAUCGGGCUUCAGGACUCACUCCUCUCUCGUUUCGAUUUGCUCUUCGUGAUGUUGGACCUCGUGGACGCUGAUCUAGAUAAUGUGAUCAGCGAGCACGUGGUCAGGAUGCACAGGUACAGGAAACCUACGGAACAGGAUGGUGAGGCUCUUCCUCUCAACAGCAAGGCGGACAUGCUGAGCACCAGGGACGUGGAUGCUGAGGAGACUGACAAGGAGGAUAAUCCGGUUUAUGAGAAGUACGAUUCACUGCUGCAUGGCAACUCCAGGGCUAAGACGGAUCAGAUACUCAGUGUGAAAUUCAUGAGGAAGUACAUUCAUAUUGCCAGGUGCAUGAAGCCGAAAUUGACGGAGGAGGCUGGGAGGACGAUUGCUGAUGAGUACUCCAGGCUCAGGUCUGAGGAGACUGUACAGGCAGAUGGAGCGAGGACUCAACCGGUGACAGCUAGAACCCUGGAGACCCUCAUUCGUUUGUCCACAGCUCACGCUAAGGCAAGAUUAUCAAAAACAGUCACCGUUGAUGACGCAAACUUCGCUAUUGAGCUGAUACAGUUUGCGUUGUUCAAGAAGGUUCUCGAGAAGGAGAAGAAGAACAAGAGGAGGAGGAUGGAGAGCGAGGCGAGCUCUGGAGACGAGACUCAGGGUGAAGCCAGGAAGAAGAAGAGAUCGAGGAGGGGGAGUGUCUCCGCUGGGGAGGAUCCUUACGAGUACGACAGUGAGGAUGAUGAUUCUCACGUGGAUGAGGCUGUCAGGAAGGUCACUAGGUCGCAAACAAUUGCUGAGGAGACUGCCAGUCAGCUCCAAGAGUCCAUGGACACUGAGGGGGGAUCUGAGACCAUUGCUGAUGACAGGUUUAAGCUCUUCAGGACUUCCUUGCAUAAAUUGUUCCAGCAGCAACGGGCACAGUCACUCCCUGUGGAGAAGGUCAAGGAGUUUUUGAAUAAGGAACACAGCCCUGAGUUCUCAAGUGGAGAGGUCAAGGCUGCCAUUCACAAGAUGACUGAUGCCAAUCAGAUCAUGCUGGCGGAUGAUCAAGUUUUCCUGAUUUAAGUUUUUUUUGUAAUUUUUGCCAUGUUUUUCUCUAGUUAAUUAUGUAUUUGUAAUCAUUAAUUCUUUUUCUACUUUUUUUUUGAUUGGAUUUAAUAAAUGUGUUUCAAGGCGAA